UUCACCUGCAGACGGGACAUGGUAGGGUGAAAAGUAGCAUCAAGCUAGCGAAGUUUUGAUAAACUUGUUUAGAGUACUUUCUCUUCUUUUAAUAUUUGUGUUUUGUUUGUUUCCUCGUGUUUGAUUACUUGAAGGUUGUACAAAUUUUAGAGGUUUCAGUUUGGUUUUGUAUUGGCUCAUUUCCUUCAAACGCACAAUUUGUUUGGACGCCAGUUUUUGCUAGGCUUCGUUGUUUUCGACUACAACUCCCAUGAUAGCACGGGAUGUCUCAUGUCUAUGACGCAGUUCUGGCGCGCCUCUUUUGGUUGUGGCAAGAGGAAUUGUUUUUGACGACGCUUUAAUCACUCACUUUGCCGAUAUUAGCGAUAGUGGUCAGAGAUGUCGCAACAGCCACCACAAACUGUGCCUUCAGCCCCAGACUCCCCUGCUCUGGUGGUCACCAGCAACGUCCAGAAAUAUGCUAUAAAGAAGAAGAAAGUCCUUAGUGCUGAGGAGAUGGAGCUCUUUGAGCUAACCCAGGCAGCAGGAAUCACUGUGGACCAAGAGGUCUUCAAAAUAAUCGUAGAUCUUUUAAAGAUGAACGUGGCUCCUCAGGCAGUCUUCCAGACUCUAAAGGCAAUGUGUGCGGGGCAGAGGGUCGCUGAGAGCUGCGGCGGAGCAGAGCCUUCAACAACGUCCCACACGACCAGCAUCACUACAGCACCUACAGAGACCAGAGUGCGCAGUAAAGCCGGAGCGAGUCACAGCGAGAAGAGCAGAGAGGCCUCCAGCCAGCGAGUGCAGCGGCAGCCCAGUGCCACAAGAGGGCAGAAGACUAAGAGCUCGGGUAGCAGUAGUUCCUCCUCACAGAUUAACUCCACAUAAGUUCAAGACAGUUUGACACCAUUUGUAAAUAUGUUGUUUACUUUACAUAUAAAUUAUUCAGUUGCAUGGUUUAAUGGAUUGCUUAAAAAGUAGAAAUAAAAAAAAAACACAUUUAUUCAAGACCCUGUCAACCAAGAUUAGAAGUUUGGAAAGAAUCUGCACCAUUGACCAUCAACAUGUAUAAAUUGAAUUGUUUCCACAAGGAUUCUCUCUCAUGCUCUUACUUACACCAGUUCAAAUAAGAGGAUGAAGUCUGGAACUCGGAAAAGAAAAUUAAAUCUACAUGUUAGUAGAGGCAGCUGCUGCAUUAUUAUCCUUGAGUUUGUUUGCUUGUUUCCAACACACAAUGGAAAACUAUUAAUGAGCUAACAGAAUAAGCAUCUCAAUCACAGGUAUUUUAACUUUGGAAAUGAUGUGAUUUACCUCAUGCUUAGUAAAAACAUUCUUUCUCAGUUUCUUGAGGGGUGCUUGGCAAGUCUUUAGAGGGCUUGAGAAAUGCUAAGCUUGUUUCUUAGCAUCUCUACAGUGUGGAGCUCUACAGUUGUGUCACAGGUCAAAGGUCAGUGGCUUCAAGCUGAACUAAUUUAGCCUAAAAUAUCAGCAGAUCAGGGUGGCAGUCCGUGACACCUGUCUGUCCAUCUGUCUGUCAGUAAUGUGUGCUACCCAAGCAGAUCGAAGAGGAUGCUACAGUGCAUGGUCUAUUAGAAAUAAGUCCUCUUAAAGGGGUAUUGCAUGCUUUUCUUGUAACUAUUUUGGUUAGUUGGUAAAAUCAGUUUUUAUUAUAAUUUUGUUAUCUUCAUAUAUAAGAAAGGCUGGGCUUUGCCCUGCUUGCCUAUUUCUUCCAUCCUCUUAAACUAUUACCCAAAUAACAACAGAAGGGACUAAAUGUAAGCUUUUUGUAAUUUGGGGAAAUCAAUCCCUUAAAAAAUCUAAUACAAUAACAAGUCCUGUUAUUCUGUGGUAACUUAAGUGUGUCUUAAUCAAAAUGUUCAUUUAUGUGUAAAACAAAGUGUUGAUUUUUUUUACUGAAACAUGAAAAUGUCUGUAUUUAAUGCGUAACUUUUUAAAUAAUAAACCAUCAACAAAUCUAUCAUA